AUGGAAUUGCAAGCCGAGCUUUUGCUCUACCUGGAUAAAAGGCGUUUUUUAUUUGACAUGGGAGAUCGCAGCGAAGAAUUUUUAAAACAACUUACCGUGGAAACAGUAUGCAAGUGUCCCCCGUUGAGAUAUAUUUUAGAAAUAGAUGUAAUGGAUUUACUGAACCAUUCCCCGUGCGUUGGAAAGUUAUUAUUGGAUGAACCUAUAAAGUUUCAACGUUCCUGCAACAAAAUACUGUAUGCAUGUUUAAAAUCAAUAGGAAAUGAUUUGUUAAGCGAUGUCCAAGUUACACAAGUAGCUGUAAAUGUAAGAUUAAGGGCUUUACCACGAUUAUUAGUUGGAUUAAAUCCACGAUCAUACCCUGGUCUUGUCCAGUUUCAAGGGUUGCUUUUAGACAUCUCAAAACCUAUGCCCUCUGUUUAUCACACAGUUUGGUCUUGCCCAGAGCAGUGUGACGGCAAUGAAGUUAUCGUGCCCUAUAUACCAAAAACACCGCCGAAAUGUUACAUUUGUAGAAGCGUUCUCUUUGAAAACAGUGGACUGAGAAGAUGCGGAGAGCAAGUUAUCGCAACGUUUAAAGUAAAACAAGAAUUGCUGAUAAGAAAGUUCAAAAUAGUCGAUGAUUUGAUUAUCAAGCUGAAGCUCGGAUCAGUUUUCAGCAUCACCGCCACAAUUUUGAAGAAGACAAUGGAUGUAUGGUCUUUGGAAGAAGUCGUGGCCUUACCAGCCCCUAUGACAUCGGCUGUCCCAGCAGACAUCAGCGAGUUAUACAACAUUUGCGACGGCAUACCUUGGAAGUUUAUAUACUGCCUAGCAUCUUCAAUAGGCGUAAAUGUAUGUCCACUGAACUGCUUUAUGCAUCUUAAAAUAAGUCUUCUGAUGAGUUUGACGAGUCUGAAGGCCAACAUGGUGACCGGUUCAAGCAUCAUUCAUGUCUUGGCGGCGGGUCUGGAUACCAGCAUCGUAGGAACACUAAUGGAAGAAGGUGCGAAGUUAGCCGAUACAUCAAUAGCGUUGGGAUCAAGUAAUUCUACUGUGUCUACUGCACUUCUCGGGUCUUCUGGUGGAGUAUGCUUUAUGCCUUUACCUCUGCACACCUACAAUCAAAAGUUGACGUCUGCAAUUCUUUCAGCAAUAGAAAGUGGAGAAAUCUCACACGAGUUCGGUAGAACUAAACUUCGAACAGCAGUAUGGGCCCAAGGGAUGGACUUUAAAAAAAUAAGCCUUUACAAUGUUGCUAGCGUGUUUGCUACAGUCUGCCGCGGCGACUACGGUGAAUAUCAAGAUGAAAUUGUCGAGUUUCAAUUGCAACGUUCUGUGGAACCGAUAAAAGUUACUUUUGAAGAGGUGCAAGCAAUAAAGGAUGUUGCGUUGUACGUCGACCUUGUGUCUGGGAUACAAGUUUCCUUGGAUGGCGCGACGGAAUCGUUGUUGAGGAAUUACUUUUUAGCUGCUCGUAAAGAAAGGACUAGAGGAGUGUCGAUAGGCAGCAUGGAGUCAUUGGUGGCUACGUGCGUAACGUCAGCGCGCCUAUGUCGUCGGACGACUGCCACUAUAGAUGACGCAAUAUUUGCGAUUUGGUUGCAUGUCAGUGGGAGUCCAGAGCCAAGAUUCGCUCCUGAUGAGUAUCUUCAAACACCAGCAGAUAUAAAGAAAUUGCAAAAAAUAUUCAACCAAUUUAUAAUUUGGUUAGAAGAAUUUACUGGUAAUUGCUACGAUAAAUAG